CAUACCUCCUAGGAGCGACUCCAUUCUAGUCGCUGCUGCACUCGUACCGCGACUAGAUGUUAUGAUGUUAAAGAACACCGGUUACUUCCGAGCGAUAGAGUGUCCGUUCAGCGAUAGCUGCCUGCGGCCGCACUGUCUCUUCAAGCAUGGCGGAAGAGUCGGGAGCGGCAGGGCCCGAAAUGAUGCGGAGUACGAGCCUCCGGAGCUUUCUGUUGUUCCACCUUCCAUGGACGAGGCCAGAAACAAACAUGUCCUGGAGCUGGAGAGAGUGAACCGAGCGAUCGAGGAGGUGAAGAGUCAGGUGGAGAGAGAGCAGAGGAAAUACCAGGAGCUGCUGGAGACGCAGAAGGGCCCCUCCAAGAGUCUGCAGCCUGGGGGCCCCAGUGUGUGUGAAUAUGACCCGGGGUGUUCGGGCAGCAGAGCCGCAUGUUACAGCCCGACCCCCCUGGAGCCGCCAGCAAAGCCCUGCAAAUACACCUUAGAGCCUGCACGACAUGAUGGGCGCAAGAGACAGUAUCUGGAGUAUGUUCCCAAAGCCGUGGCCCCGGCUCCUGGACGCAGGCCCCACAAAUACGUCAUCGAUCAUUCCAAACCUUCCACAGACCUGGAGUAUGACCCCAUGGUGAACUACUCUGCCAGGCUCCUCAGCAAGAAGAAACCUGAGAAGGAGACCAAAAGAAGCCGGACCCAUAGUCAAGGAGAAGACCAGACGGCCUCUAAAAGAAGCCGGACCCAUAGUCAAGGAGAAGACCAGACGGCCUCUAAAAGAAGCCGGACCCAUAGUCAAGGAGAAGACCAGACAGCCUCUACUGAAAGAAGUACAUAUAGUCCAAGUGAAGGCCAAACAGCCUCUAAAAGAAGUAGAACCCAUAGUCAAGGUGAAGGCCAAAUAGCUUCUACUGAAAGAAGCAGGACCUAUAGUCCAGGUGAAGGCCAUACUGCCUCUUCUAAAAGGAGUAGAAUGUCUAAGAUAAUGGUGGAAGCUAAAUGUUCUUCUGACUCGGAUUCUCCAUCUCCAGAUGUAAAUGAAGGAGGAGACCUUGUUGCACAGUACGAUGUUGACGAUGCUGGAAACUCCUUAAAGUCCUUUAAAAAACUAGACAAAGAUCUAAAGCCAAAAUCCGGGAAGAGCGAGCGUAUAAAAGAGCCACCAUUGGACUCCGGACAGGUGAUGCGCACAAGUAAAGAAUCCAAAAAAGUGUCUUCAAAACACCUCAAGAAAAAUACUGAACAGGUUCACAAUGUGCACAAGCAGAAAAAACAAGAGAAACCGUCUGAAAAAACUGAAAAUGAAAAGACGGUUUUUCCAAAAACUCCAAUAUUGAGAAAAAACAAAAAGGAUAAUGAAAACGUGUCCAAGAAAAAGUCCAGCAAGAAAGACUCAAUGGGUAAAAAAGGAGAUCUUAAGAAUGGAAAACAUAGCACCAAACAUGGUAAAUCGUUGCCUUUGGAGAAACUCAAGCGAGCCGCCCAAGAGACUUGCAAAGUGGAUUCCAAUAUGAAAAGUUUGUGUCAUGCGGAUUUGUUUGGCGAUGAUACAAGUGAUGAAGAAGAGAACAGAAAAACCAGUAAACCACGGAACGCAACGUCUAACAAGUGGGAGAAGUCUGCAGCGAAGAGUAAAGUGACCACAAGAACAACGUCCGUCUCCUCUCUGGAUUCUCCUGAGAUAGAUCUGGACUGGGACUCUGAUCCAGACCCCAUGGAAGAGUGUCUCAGAGUUUUCAAUGAAUCGCAUGACGUGAAGACUGAAGACAAGGGGAGAAUGGGGAAGAAGACGAGUGAGAAUGAGGAGAAAUCGCAGCUGAGUUUGGUUCCAUCAGUUACAGGCCAGAAGAAAAGAAUUUCUCAUGUUACUAAUGCAAAUAAUGGGGAUUCAUCUAGAAAACCUGCCGCCCGUCCGUACAGUCUCCUUACCCCUCAGGAGAUUUGUUACGAGAGAAUUCAGAGGGCCCAGGAACAAGCCGCCCAACUGCUGCGUGAACAGAAAAGCGCUCUCUUGGUCAGUAUUGCUCAUAAAAUCCAUUCCGAGAAAACGCUAUCCAAAACGUCCGCUCCUCGUUCUCCUGGUGUUUGUGAAAAAAAGGCCCAACUGCCGGGCACUGCUGAGACUUGUAAUGGCUCCUCACUUGCCGUAAAAUCGCGAACACUGUCCGGCAUGGCUUCAAAGACCAGUUCUGCAACCAGAGAACGUCGACGGGCACAUGUACCCUCGCUUCAGAGUGCCGCCCUGAAGAGGCCGGUCUUGCCUACUGAAUUCGGUGCCAAAGUGCCAACCACCGUUCGUCAGCGUUACCUGAACCUGUUCAUUGACGAGUGCCUGGUGUCCUGUCCGUCACAAGAGGAAGCCUUUAACAAAGCUCUCGAAGAGGAAAAAAUGGUCUAUAGCCGAAGCAGCAGUCGUAACAUCUAUCUCAAUGUGGCAGUCAACACUCUGAAGAAACUCAGAAGCCAAGGCUCCGAGAAGAAAGCGACUUAUCCAAAAGGUAAUCAGAAAACCGUUUCCCACGAGGCUGUCCUGGCUGGAAAGUUGGCAGCCAAUAGCAGUUUUUCAGCCAGAAUUCGUCAGGACGAAGAACUGACGGAGGCAACAAUAUACAAAAAUCUGAUGAAAUAUAUCCUGACACCCGAGCAACUGAAGGAGCACGGCUACCCACUGGCGCACCCCGACAAGUCUGGAAGGGCUGUCGUCUUUUCUGGAGAGGAAAUCAAGAACUCAGACUCCUCCUGCAAAGUAUGCUGCCGAUGUGGCGCCGAGUACCUGGUGACGCCGAGUGGAAAAUGUGUGCGCCGAGAAGAGUGCAAUUUCCAUUGGGGUCGUCUCCGCAGGCAGAGAGGGCCUGGAGGAUUAGAGACCUUUUAUAACUGCUGCUCGGGUGCCGUUGGCUCGGUUGGAUGUCAAGUAGCUCAGCAACAUGUUCCAGAUGGUCGUAAGGAGAACUUGGAUGGCUUUGUGAAGACUUUUGAGAAGUUGAAUAGACUCGAAGGAAAUCAUGGAGUCUUUGCUUUAGACUGUGAAAUGUGUUACACUACAAGGGGCCUGGAGCUGACCCGUGUUACCGUCGUAAACUCUCAGCUGAAGGUGGUGUAUGACACUUUCGUAAAACCGGACAAUAAGAUUGUGGACUACAAUACGAGGUUUUCUGGCGUCACAGAAGAGGAUCUGCAGAACACCAGCAUCACCAUGAGAGAUGUCCAGGCGGUCUUACUGUGCAUGUUCAGCAGUGACUCCAUAUUAAUUGGCCAUAGCUUGGAAAGCGACCUUUUUGCACUGAAGCUUAUUCACCAGACUGUAGUGGACACAGCGGUCGUCUUCCCUCACCGCCUUGGGUUGCCAUACAAGCGCGCCCUUCGUACGUUAAUGGGUGAAUAUCUUAAGCGUAUUAUCCAGGACAGUGUGGAGGGACAUGACUCCAGUGAGGAUGCCUGCUCAUGUAUGGAACUGAUGAUUUGGCGUCUAAAAGAAGAUGCUAAAUUAAAACGGUAAUCUCCACGCCGGUGGUUUUCCACCAUCCGGUGCUGGUGAAAGCGUCCAAAACAGUGAAGCUGCAGCCAGUAUUAUUUCUAUUUUUGAAUUUAAAGCCUCAAAAGUAUAAACUCACCUGUUUCAUAUGCAGACCCAAGUGUUUAAACCUUUCUACAACAUUCUGUGUACAUAGAUCUUUUGUUUUUCACCAAUGAGAAUGAAAAUCCCACAGCGACAAAUAAAAACGCU